GCCAAAAACUUUUCACCCACAGACGAAUGCGUCCAAGCCAUCUCAAGUCAAGAAUUGAAUCUCGAGGAGUAAUACAUCAAAAAAGUAGAUAUUACUAGGGAUUCCCUUACUCAUAGAGGCAGAGUUUUCCAAUAGUGCAAUUCCAGGGCAGUCAGAAAUUGUCUGUGGAAUAAACCCACUGGAAAGGUUCGGUUGGUGAGGAUGGACCGAGCCUCAAGCUCCAGCCCAAGUGGCACUAGUCAAACAUCACAACCUACCCAACAUGAACCCAUCAGCUUCGGCAUUGACCAGAUUCUCAGCGGCACCGAUCAAGAGUCACAGCAGAACUCGAGCAGGAAUAAUUCCGAGAGUAGCAGCAGCGCGAGCGGAGGCGGUUACCAUCUCGGCAGCCCAACGGGAGCGAGCGCAACGCCGUACACGACAUUAACCGGCACGUUUCAUGGUAUCGCUUCCCCAUAUGAGGAAUCCAGUCCAUACGGAGUGAACUUGACCCUUGCACCCGGAGGAGUGAUUAGGGUCCCGGCUCACAGGCCCCUGGCCGCUGCCGUGCCUCCACCCAUGGCCAGCGCGGUGCCCGGACUUGGGAGUCUCAGUUUUCCCUGGAUGGACAGCAGUCAGCGCUUCGCAAAAGACAGAUUUGCAGCAGCUCUGACGCCCUUUACCGUGGCCCGGCGUAUCGGUCACCCGUACCAGAACCGCACACCACCUAAGAGAAAGAAGCCCCGCACAUCUUUCUCCCGAGUGCAGAUCUGUGAGCUGGAGAAGCGCUUCCACAGACAGAAAUACCUGGCCAGUGCUGAACGAGCAGCCUUGGCCAAAACUCUGAAGAUGACAGACGCCCAGGUCAAAACCUGGUUUCAAAACCGCAGGACCAAGUGGAGACGGCAGACAGCGGAGGAGAGGGAGGCAGAGCGUCAGCAGGCCAACCGGCUGAUGAUUCAACUCCAGCACGAUGCCUUCCAGAAGUCUUUGAGUGAUUCAGUUCCAUCAGACCCACUCUGCAUCCACAACUCCUCACUGUUCGCCCUGCAGAACCUCCAGCCUUGGGCAAGCGAGGAGAGUGGCAAGCUCGGAGGAGUGACCGCGCUCGUAUGAGCACCAGAACUCAACAAGGAAAUGACAUUCUCAUUCUUUUUUUUUGAUGGACUAGGAUGUUGGUUGACCUUAUCUCCGUCCCGAAAGACUAUUUCAUUCCGCAAAAAAAGCGAGGAACUAAUUACGGCCGUCCAACAGCGAGCAAACCCAUAUGAGCUUCUGCAGAAUAAAUGAUGGCCGUUUUCUGUGGUGUGUCUGUGCAUACAGAGACUUGUAUCCCCAUUAGGAUCAGUUUCAUUGACAAAGUGACCUUGUAGAAAGCAACAGGCCAUCUCAGCUGACCCUUUUACAGAUCCACUGAUCUUCUCUUUCAUCCUUUCAUUUGCCCUCCUGCCCCCUGUGUAAUUCCUCAACCACUCAGAAAUACAGGAUUAAUGCAGAAAAGGGAAGUAAUGAUGAUUUAAUUAUUUAUAAUGUGAGUUGCACAACCUAGAAUGCCCCCCAAUCUGGCCAUUUGGACACAAACACGCACAAAUAGACACUCUUCAACCAUUCAUCUAAUUUACUUUUUUUUUGUUGUUGUUGUCUGGAUAGUAUAUAAAUAUUCAUCUUUAUAAGGGUUUACCAGCUACUUUUUUAUUUAUUUAUUUUAUUUUAAUGAAACCACAUCCCGACCGUAUGAGGAAUCGCAUGAAACGUCCAGAACAGAGUCAUAUGACGUCAUACGGGGGCGGUUGCAAUAUAUUUUAACGGUUCGAUUUAUUCAGCAGUGACUUCGAUGGCUGAAUGUUGUGUGUCAGAGAGAAAGAACAAUUCAGAUGAAACAAGGGUUUGUUAGACGCCCCUAUAUGAUGUAGGUGUGCUGUUGCAUUCCAAACUCUUUAUUAUACUUUGUAUUUGAUAAAUAUGUAAAUAGCAAACAAAAAAGUAAUAAACAUUCUGUUUUGGCAUUAACACAAAACGUGUGCUUUGCUUAAUUUGCUAUUCCCCUAAUGUUUUCGGCAAAUCCCUAAGCAGCACUCUUCUCUGGAGUAAUGUGUUGCUUUCUGAGGUACUACCAGCGUUCUACACAACUUGAUCGACAAAUAAACACCGCGUCUUGGUAGUUGGCUGCAGUCGAUUAUGCCUGCCACAGCAAAGAAGCACUUAUGUCCUCGAGCAGAUAAAUGCAGGAUCCUGUGGGACCAUAAAAAUGCCUUUAUGCCCUCUGCAACCAACUCCCUCCUCCCAAAGUGCUGACUCUCAGGAACUGACCUGUUUUAAAGGGCUGGGUGGGGGGUAAAUGGAGGGGUGUCCAUUAUAAAGUGAUUUAACAGACUCCUUACAUUAUGAUGCUGUCGAAGCCUCGGCAGGGUGAACCUGUGGAGUUUCGCCACAGCUCUUUGUCGACAGAUGGUUAGCAGUGACCUGUGUCAGGGCCUAUUUAACUGGUGAUGUGUACAGUUGAGUCGGGGUCAUCUGAGAAAGCCCCCAGUGAUAUAGACUCAAUGCUCAGGAUAAUUUACACAGGAUGUAUUCCUGGCUCCUUUCCACAUUUACAGCAGUGACAUCACUUGUACAGUUGCUCAACUAGCCGACAAAUUGAUUUGUAAAGGGUGGUGUUUUGCUGCCCUCUGCUGGCUAUCAUGUGCAAAUUUGCUCUUGUGUUAGUCUAACAGCAGCGAUUCUUCCAAUGAGAAUUUUAGAUUUAAUAUAGUAAAGUAUAGUAUAAUACAAAUGUCAAAGCUAUUCAAAUAAUCAAUACAUUAAAAUAAUCGAACUUGAUUUAAAUUCUACAAAGGUGUAGAACAACAUAAAUAGGCCUAUGGAAGAAAUCCUUGAAACAUUUGAUAAUGUCUUGUCUGACAAAAUG